CAAAAGUAUAUAUAUCCGUGUAUGUAGAGUACUCAGCUGAUGAGUUCUACCGAAAUUUGAUGAAUUCAUUAAAUCCUGCUUCAGUUAACCUUUAUUGCUUGUUUUAUUUCAAUGUUUGCAGCAAACCUAUCGCUUUCACCGCGUUAUGGCGUAUCAUUACUUCACUUGGACAGUGUAGUAAUCUUAUUUCUAGGUGAAGGCCUUCGCAAGUAUUUAGGAUUUAGACUCGUUCGCGUACAACUUGUGAAAUUACCAUGCGAAGGCCUGUACUACCAAUGGCUCCUAUGGCUGAUCUCACUCGGUGUUGUGGAUUUAGAUUUUUCACCGAUACAAAUGUCGGAAUAUGUGCUCAAAAUUGUUUUCGCGCUGCAUUGAAUUGGUUACGGCUCUCACUUGUAGCAUCUGUACCAGCUGGCAUCCUUCCAAUAGCUUUAGGACUAUUGGGUAACUUCAUUUUCAAUGUGCCGUUCCGCGUUGGAGCCAGAACAUCUAUUGUAAUUGAAUUCUGGGAGCAUUGGAUAUUCGGUAUGAUGCUCUUAAAAGUGUCCAUCUUACUUAUCCUGAUUGGACGUCCUUGGUGGUUGCGCGAUCCUUUAGAGAUCUUACACGAUGAAAUCUUACAUCAUCGACAAGAUGUUCGUGCUACCUACUCGUCUACUUUUGGCAAUUUCACCAUCGCUCGCAGCUAUUGGAUUAUCUUUAAGUAUACCUUAUUUGAUAGCGCAUUAUAUUAGUCCACUAUUUGCGAGAAAUGGUCUAAAACCAUACUCUCUGACCCCCCAUCUAUUCCCAACUCUCUCCUUGCAUCUCAUCAGGUAGAACCAGAAAUCAGUACAAAAUAAUAUAUGCUCGUACAACCAAGUAUGGGAACUCAACCAUACCAUAUUUGGCCCGUGUUCUAAGUGACAGAGACAAUGUUAAGCGUGAAACCUAUGACUUGCUUUGUUGUUAAUAACAUAAUUUUGGCCCCUGUUAUUUCCCCUUAUUCUCUCUUAUUCAUACUCUAUAGUGAACAACCUACUUAAACAUACUUAGCUGCUUAAAAUUAUUAUCAUUGGAUUACUUUUUUAUUCUUUAUUCUAUUCCUUCUUUUGUGUAUUCACUGGGUCCGACUAUAUUAUCACUAUGAGUAUUACAAAACUGUCCUGUCAUUAACCAUCAUGUAAUAUUAAUUUUUGUGGCUGUUCUUUGUUCGGCACUAUUUAACUGACAAUCUUGUUUGUGAAACGCCACUAUCACCAUCUUAAAAAAAAUUUUGUAUUAUGCAUGAUUCCUCACACUACCACUACAAACAACCGCAUUAGUGCUGACAAUAAAAAAAACAACCUGAAAUGUUUAUCUUAUGAUUGCUUAGUGUUGUUCAAUCAAAUUAACUGAUCAUCUUGACUAUAAACAUUCUUAAGAACAUCUCAUAAUUUCCUGUAUGAUUAUAGCUGUUACCGUUCACCACGCAUACACA